AUGUUGGAUCUCUGGGGCCAGCGUCGGCCUAUGAGAUUGAAUACUUGGUACGAUAAGGUCAAAUGGAACGACAUCUUUAUCUUCUUCGGCUUGAUGCUGCUUGUUGGCACUGCGAAUCUUGUUCGGGAGAGCAUUCUUCUCCUUUUCAACCCGCUUUUGGAUCCUGCGAGGCCGGUGAGCGGUCGCUACCCCCCUCUUCUGACCGCAUUUGUCUGCGCCCAUGGAGUUUACAUCGCCUCGUCAAAUUAUGCGGCAAUCUUCGACUUUGGCCAGUCUGACGCCAUUAUCCCACGCAUGUUUGAACCAGAGGUUCUUCAAGAGACUCCAUCCCAAGCGCGAUUUGAGUCUUCCCGGAGAUUUUGGGAAAGCCAUUUGUCUCUCGAGCAGGAUGUGCACUCUCAGCAGGAUGGGCCAAGGUCAGAAGAUGACCGGUUCAGCAGCUCUAUCCAGGUGCUCUCCUUUGCCUCACAUCUGGCAUUCUCUACAUUACGAAUCAUCCUUGGACGCAUUGGUGAUGAGAAUGUUCUCCCAAGUGUGCAUCUGUCAUUUGCUUUUCUUUGGAGUAUGGCGUUGGUCCCGACAAGCAUGACCUACAUUGAAGCGGAUGUUCCCUGGGUGCAGAUUGCUUCGUUUCUUAAUACAUUGGUGCAGCCUGAUAUGGACAUGUCCAAGGUUGAGGACGAGCAGUUCCCGAGCGACGAGACUGGAUCGUCCAGGCAGUUGCCGGAGGAUUUCUUGAUCCGCGGCCAGGCGUGGAGUCAACUUUACUAA